CGACCAACAGCCCUGGUUCUGCCUUUUGGGACCCACAGCAGCAGCAGCAGCAGCAACAGCAGCAGCAGCAGCAGCAGCAAGAACUGCAGCAGCACCAGCAGUCGGAGAGUGAAGAGGAUGAGGAUGAAGAGGAGGAGGAGCGGCAAGAACAGCAGCAAGACCAGCAGCAGCAGCAGCAGCAAGAGCAGCCGCAGGAGCAGGAGCAAGAGGAGCAGCAGCAGGAGGAGCAGCAGCUAG